AUGAGAAGCACCACAAGAUUUUACCGACUGUUUCUUUCACUUGCUUUCAAUGCUCUCAUGCUACUUGAAUCACAUGGUUUUACCGAUGAAAGUGAUAGGCAAGCGUUGUUGGAGUUCAAGUCUCAAGUUUCUGAAGGCAAAAGAGAUGCCUUGUCCUCGUGGAAUAAUUCAUUCCCUCUCUGCAGCUGGAAGGGGGUUAGAUGUGGCCGCAAACACAAGAGAGUUACUCGUUUGGACCUCGGAGGGUUGCAAUUGGGCGGAGUGAUAUCACCAUCUAUUGGUAAUCUUUCGUUUCUCAUAUCACUUAAUCUCUAUGAUAACUCUUUUGGUGGUACUAUUCCUCAAGAGAUGGGAAACUUGUUUAGACUUCAACAUUUGAACAUGAGCUAUAAUUUUCUCGGAGGUGGGAUUCCAGCCAGUUUUUCUAAUUUCUCUAGAUUGUUGGAGCUUGAUUUAAUUUCAAAUCACCUUGGACAUUGUGUUCCUUCCGAAAUAGGGUCGUUGACGAAGCUUGUUAGGUUAAAUCUUGGUACUAAUAACCUGCAAGGGAAGCUUCCUGCAUCUCUAGGAAACUUGACAUCACUUAGAGAAAUGAGCUUUGACGAAAAUAAUAUAGAAGGAAGAAUUCCUGAUGAUAUAGCUAGAUUGACUCAAAUGGCGCUUCUGGAAUUAUCAAUGAACAAAUUCUCAGGCGUUUUUCCUCCAUCUAUCUUCAAUUUGUCCUCACUUGAGGACUUAUAUAUCGCUGAUAAUCAUUUCUCGGGUCGCCUGAGACAUGAUUUUGGUAUUCUGCUACCAAAUCUUCGAGAGUUAAAUAUGGCAGUUAAUUAUCUCACAGGAUCUAUCCCAGCAACAAUUUCCAAUAUCUCAACUCUUCAAAAAUUGGGAAUGAAUCACAACAGUUUGACAGGAAGUAUUCCUACCUUUGGAAAAGUACCAAAUUUGCAAUGGUUAUUACUUGAUACCAAUUCUUUGGGAACUUACUCUCAUGGAGAUCUUGAAUUCCUUAGUUCUUUGAGUAACUGCACCAAACUAGUGUUCUUACUGAUUAGUCGGAAUAGGCUUGGGGGUGACUUGCCUAUCAUUGCCAAUCUAUCCGCCACACUCAUUUAUUUAGGCCUUUCAGCAAAUUUCUUCUCUGGAAGAAUUCCUCAUGACAUUGGUAAUCUCAUAAGCCUACAAAUGCUUGGCUUGGGAGGAUCUUGCUACAUUUGUGGAUAG